AUGAGCAAGACCUUGAACUCAUUCUCCAACUCACUGGCUGUCAGUGCCACCGACUCCGGGGGCACCAUGGUACCUGCCAUGGAGGGCUCUGGCACACGCUCUAGCGUUUUUCAGGAGCCUUACCUCCAUGCGCCAGAAGAUGCUUGGAGUGGUAUUUCACAUGCCAUCAUUGACAUCUAUCACCUCUGUAUCGUAAACCCGAUGCCCGGCUUUGACCAAAGCUUAUUCAAGUUCCCUAAGGCCUCGUUCAAAAGGGGAGUGUGGGCGCACCACGCCAUCGUGAGAUACAAAUCUAAAGCAGAGAUCAAGCGGCGACAAGCUGCUCCGUAA